GUGGCAGCAGCACGCUGAGGGGAAGGAGCGCGCGGGGCGGCGGUUGGAGCACAUACACAUGUGCGCACACACACACACACACACACACACACACACAGAAGGCACCGUUUCCCGCCGCCGCUGCUGCUGCACGAGACCGUCACGGUACCGGAUCGAGUGGACUGAUCGAUCAGAGGGAGUGAAUUCCUGAGCGGGAAACAGGGAAACCAUGGCAACGGAUUUUAGGACGAGCUGACGGUCUGACGCACCGACAGUUUACCGCGAGUGCACGUGAGAGGUCUGCAGCUCCCUGCUGAAUCAUGUCUUCCUCUUCUUCCUCCUCCUCUUCCUCCUCCUCUUCCUCUUCCUCGGAGCUGCCCUACUUCUGUCCUCGCUGUGGUGACGAGUUUCGUUUCCCGUCCGUACCUGAGCUCCGGGCUCACCUGGUCAGCCGUCACACCUACGAGACCCUGCUGGUGCUGUCGCAGGCUCGGGUCCGAAGCUCCAGACCCGGUGCUCUCCUCCCACUCCCCGGUCAGGCUGUAUCCCAAAGACAGAGCUCGUCUCUGGGCAUGGAUGCCCACAGCCUCCCCCUGCCGCUGGCCUGCCUGGACCUCGCCUCGUCCUCCGCCUCCGUGCAGCUGCUCAGGGAAAUGUUCGGUUCCUCUGCUCGCGCUCUCCCGUCUCCUGCGGGACAACCGGAGGAGCCCUCCACGGCUCUGGCCCUGCCCGGCUCCCUGGAGCCCUUUCCUGGGAGGAAGCUCGGCGAGGUGGGGGUCCAGCUGGGCCUGGAGCUCGGGCUGUCGGUGGGGAUCGGGCUGGAGGAGAGGCUCGGGCUCGGACUGGAUCGGAAAAUCGCCCGGACGUUCGCGGAGGUGGAGGAGAGGGUGAACCGCCGUGUGGGUCGACUGAAGGCGGAGCUACAGAGGAGGGAGGCGGAGCUACAGCUGGAGAGGCGGAGCUCGGAGCGACUGAAGAGUGAGAAACAGGAAGUGGAAGAGAAGGCGGGGUACCUGUCCAGACAGGUGUCGGCCGCUGUGGAGAUGAUGGAGCGAUUAAAGAAAGACCUGGAAGGAAAAGAGAAAGAGCUGAGUGAACGACAACAGGAGAUGGUGCACAUCGAGUGUUUUCUGAGGGACACGGCAGAGAAAGAGGCUGAGGCCAAAUCCAGACUGCAGUUGUUCAUCGAGACGCUGUUGGAACGAGCCGACCGUGCAGAGAGACAGUUACUGCUGCUCGGCUCACACACUCCUUACAAACACUACACACACCACAGCGACAGGUACGCACACUCGCCGCCGUACACAGAGGGAUACACACCUGUACCGGGCCGGGGGGGGCGCAGUCUGGACGCCAGCACCGACGACAUCAUCGCAGACAAGGUGCAGGGAAGCAUCGGCAACCGGAGGAGUUACAGUGUUUCAGGCUCCUACCGACUGGGAGAUCAGCUGUACAGCCACCAUCACUGCAGCGGUCUGACGGGUCGGACGCUGUCUCUGGGUUCGGGGGGCUGGGAUGGUGAAGGAGGCGCGGUCCACUUCCCCCCCCACCACUACGCCUGGACCCGACGAGAGAGAGGAGGAGACGGGAGGAGACUGUGGGUCGGCGAGGACGGAUGUGGGAGAACGUGGAGCAAAAGAAACCGUCGCCACCACAGCACUGAGGAGGAGGAGGAGGAGGAAGAUGAGGAAGAGGAAGAGGAGGAAGAGGAGGGAUUCUGGAGCAGCGCUGAGAUGAGGAGACUCGUCUUCGCCCGGACACACACACCUGGUUCAGAAACCCCCUCCUCCCCCCACUCCACCCCCUCCAGUCGCCGUGGCGACAGACAGCUGGGGGCGGACACCUUGAGGUUGAGGGCGGGGCUCUUCUGCGUGUUCCCGUAUUUGGACGUGUGCUCGUUGCUGCGUGCGGCCGAGGUCGGCUCCGAUUGGCGGUUCGUUGCCAGGCACCCGGCGGUUUGGACACGCCUCCGACUGGAGAACGCCAGGGUGUCGGCCGAGUUCCUGACCACGCUCUCUCAGUGGUGUACUCAAACUCAGUCUGUGGUUCUCAACAACCUGAAGCCUCGAAGCAGACGAGCCAACGAGACUCGAGAGGAUUACCACAAAAACACUCGGGGCAGUGUGGAGUUGGGGGUGGAGGCUCUGCUCCGGUCAGCAGGGGGCAGUCUGCUUCACCUGUCUGUCUCUCAGUGUCCUCACAUCCUCACAGACAGGACGCUGUGGUUGGCGAGCUGCUACUGCAGGAACCUGCAGACGCUCACAUACAGGAGUUCUUCAGAUCCUCUUGGUCACGAGGUUCUGUGGGCCCUGGGUGCGGGUUGCAGGAACAUCAGCAGCCUGCAGGUGGCGCCGGCUCACCCCUGCCAACAACCGACUCGCUUCGGAAACCGCUGCCUGCAGACGAUUGGUCGAUGUUGGCCACACCUCCGCUCGCUCAGUGUGGGCGGGGUCGGCUGUGGGACUCAGGGAUUGGUUGCUUUAAUGCGUAGCUGUGCUCAUCUGCAAGUGUUGGAGUUGGAGCGUAUUACAGACCUCGGCCUGCAGGUGGCAACAGAGCUGUGUAACGCUGGACUUAAAAGUCUGGAAACGCUGAUCCUGACACACACACCCGUCAGUGGUCAGGCCAUCCUGCACUUCCACAGUGUGUGCGAUAACAUCAGAGCUAUAACGGUUGAGGUCGCGGUGUCAGAUUACUUUGAAGAACCGGACACUCAGGAAGCUCAACAACUGUUUGGAGAAAUUGUCACAACACUAAAGGUUCUACAGAAGCGUCCUGGACUUUGUGACGUCUUGCGGGUUAAAGUCGAAGGAUUCUGCUGACCUCAACACACACAACAGAAAUACAGAAAUACUCAACCCAUCUCUGAUUCAUCAUCUUCCAAACCCUGGACGCUUCAGUCACUCAAAUUUAGAAAACAUGAACUUGUUACUGACUUUUAAGGUGGAAGUCAACAUGUCAAACAGAUGUAAAGUUAAAACAAAUACUCCAACACAGUCGAGAUGGUCCUGAGUCAGGACUAAGCAAAACCUUGAUCCUUUCUUCACAGUCCCUUAUUCUGAGUAGUCUGAAUCCCUUAACUAAACCCUUUACACAAACUUUAUUUCACUUCAGUGUGUCACAAACCCAUUUGUCUACCAACUCUUUUUUGCACUGUAAAAAGAAAAUCCUUAAUUCUUUCUCAUCUCAAAAUUAUAGAGGCACUGAAAGGGAAGAACAUGAUUUAAUUCAUUAUUUUCAUCAGUGAAAAGGUUUUUUUCCCCUGUGAGCAUUUCUCUAAGUUAAUUUAAUUAAUUGAUAGUUUUAAUUUCUCCAUAGACUCUAAACAAAAGGUACAUAUUGUCUGUUAUCUAGUUAUGUAACUGUAAUGUGUCCUUUGUAUAGAAAAUUAUUUUUCUAAGAGAAAUUAAUACUCAUCUCAAGCUUUUAUUCCUGUCAGGUCGUGGUCAUCCUGCUGUGGUCAAAAUGUGAUAUUACAACAACAAACGCUAAGAAUGAGGAGAUUGCAGAUAAAAAAAUUAUUAAAACUUAGAAAAAUGCUCCUGGAAAAAACUUUUUUACCUGUUUUCACGGAUUAAACACUUCUGGACAAAACUCUUGAUCUUCUUAAGCACAAUUUUUAAAAAUCCUUUAUUCUACUGUGAAACUGUGUUCGUACUGUAUUUUUGAACUUCAAGAAAACCUUUAGUCUUGAUCCAAUUAACCCGUAAACUCCUUUUCUUCUUUAAGCUCAAUUGUCCCAAUUACAGCAUUACUGCCCUUUAAAAUAUUCUCUAUUAACAAACCGUUUUAUUUCUAUCUUUACAUUUACUUCUCUUCUAGCUUUAAGAUGAAGAUCCUGCCAACAAGAUUAGCACAAGUAUGUUAGAUAUCCUUUUAUUCUACCUUAAAAAGCCAUAAUUAGUGUUCUGAAGUCAUAGAAAACCUUUAUUCUUACCUUAUUCUUUAGCUUUACAUUAAAAAUAAGCACAAGCACAUGUAUGCACAAAUAUAUUUGCACAAGACACACUCUAACUCAUGCACCAAAGACGUCAAUCAAUCAAUCAGUCAAUCAAUCAAUCAGAUGUUCUGGAGUUGUUGAUUGAAAAAAAUCAAUCCAUUGUGUGUCUUUCAACAUCUUUAUAGAACUUAAAGGUGCUACAUUUGUCAUUUUACCAUCAAUAAAAUCAUUUUCUCUCCA